AUGAGUCCAAAUACUUUGCUUUGCAAGAUAUUCUGAGCAGAAGAAAAUGGGAUAAGUUCUAAGGUGUCUUUGGAGGAAGUGCUACAGUGGUCCCAGUCUUUUGAAAAUCUGGUAACAAGCAAAUAUGGGCCUAUAAUCUAUAAGACCUACUUGAAGACAGAACACAGUGAUGAAAACAUAGAAUUCUGGCUUGCCUGUGAAGCUUAUAAGAUAAAAUCACAGAGGAAAAGGAUUUCCAUGGCCAGGAAGCUCUUUACAAGUUACAUCCAACCCCAGGCUCCCAACAAGAUAAACAUUGACAGUCCUGCAAGGAAAGCAUUUAUAAGGACACAGUCCUCCUUUGAUGAAGCACAGAGAAUACUCUGCAGGCACAUGGAAAGAAAUUCCUACCCACAAUUUCUUGAAUCACAGGUCUACCAAAAGCUCAAACACAGUCUUCAAACUAAUGGCAACAAUUCAAUGGGAAAUUGA